AUGGUACGCCUUGUACUAUCGGCACUGUUUUUGGUUUGUGUUGCUGGCUGUUUUCGUGUGUACUACAUACACGAUGGUAUUUUAAUAUUAAAUGGUAACAAUACUUAUACUCAACUAGUGACAAAUAUUUCAUCAUGUCAACAAUGCCUAUGUUAUGCAUUUCAAAAUAACUCAUAUCUUGGUUUAAACUGUUUUACAAGUAAUAGAACGUGUGUAUUGUUUCGAAAUUAUCGGGGAACCUGGUCGAUACAAUCGGAUAUAAAUUCAACAUUUUGGUUUAUUCAACCAGAAGAGAUGCCAUUAACAACUUUAUCAAAUGCAACAUAUUCAACUAAUAGUAGUUCAACAAGUUUAAUUUCUCGUCCCAAUCCAACAAUAUGUCAACUUGAUUUUUCAU